AUUGAAAUAAUGUACACUUUUAGAAUUAACGGGUGUCAUAUCAUAUGUGUAUAAAGUAUCACAAUAAUCACAAAACAUGUAAUAUAGGUACAAACAUAUAUAAAGAGUACUAGUGAAAGAAUAAAAAUAUUAUACAAACAUACAGAAACAAGAAAUUUGAAUUUUUUUUAAAUUGCGUUGCGCACCCUACAGCUGCGCAUGAUUGAACAAUGACGGCGAUAAAUAAAUUAUUCUUUAAUUUCAGAAUAAUUAGAACAAAAUCGCCAUUAAUCGGUGCAUUUAUUCAACAAAAUGGAAUGUCUCAGUACCCAAGUUAUUAUAUUCAACCUGUUUAUAAAAAGGAGGCACAGGAAGAUCUCGUAAGAAUCGGAGAAGCCCAAAAAUUGGCUCAUAUUCCCAUCAGAGCUGCAUUAAGCGAUCAAACUAGCUCCCAAACUCAAGAUGCUUUAGUAAAUUUGUUUAUCAAUUACUGUAUGAGAGACGGUUUAAAAGUGCUAGCUAGGUCUUUGAUAGAAAAAUCAUUUGAAAAUGUGAAAAGGAUGCAGAUAGAAAAAUAUCACAAAUGUCAAAAUGAAGAGGAUAAAAGUAAAAUCGAACUAAACCCUAAAACGAUAUUUUGCAAUGCUAUUGAAAACUGCAAACCAGUUAUGCAACUUACACCCAUUAAACGAGGAGGUGUAAAGUAUCAAGUACCUGUUCCAAUUACAGAAAAGAAAGCUCAGUUUUUAUCAAUGAAAUGGUUGAUUGCUGCCGCAAGGGACAGAGACACGAGAAAUAUACAGUUUCCGACACAAUUAGCACGUGAACUAAUAGAUGCUUCAAACAAUACAGGACGAGUUAUAAAAAGAAAACAAGACCUACAUAAACAAUGUGAAGCAAAUAGGGCAUAUGCCCAUUAUAGAUGGAGUUAAAUAAAUACACAAGUAAUUUAAAUAAUUUUAUUUCUGUAGAUACCUACCUAAAGAAUAAAUUACAUAACUCGCUUAA